CGUCCGCGCUGCGUCAACGACCUGUGUUUGUUAUUGGUCGAUGUAGAUGUACUGAGGCUAUGUGGAAAGUAGUAAUGUCGGAGGAGAUUGCAAAGGCGGUGCAGUCCGUUGUGGACAGGGUAAACCAGGCGGCUGCCCGUCGCCCGAAGACACUGCCAUGUGUGCCACCACGUCUUGUUGCUGUGAGCAAGACAAAACCACCUGAGAUGGUGGUACAGGCUUACCAACAGGGCCAGCGGAACUUUGGAGAAAAUUAUGUAAAUGAACUUGUGGACAAAGCUUCUCAUCCCCAGAUUUUGUCAUCUUGCCCGGAAAUUAAGUGGCAUUUCAUUGGCCACUUACAGAAGAAUAAUGUCAACAAACUUUUAGGUGUCCCUAAUCUUUUUAUGGUGGAGACGGUAGACUCUGCGAAGUUAGCAGACAAAGUUAACAGUUCCUGGCAAAGGAUACGGGCAGCGAACACUCAGAGGUUAAAGAUCAUGGUCCAGAUUAAUACCAGUGGUGAAGAUAGCAAACAUGGGCUACCACCUGCAGAUACAGUGAAUACAGUCAAACAUAUUGUUUCCAACUGUCCCACCCUCCACUUCGCUGGACUUAUGACAAUUGGGAGAUAUGGGUAUGACCUAAGUGAAGGCCCCAAUCCAGACUUUCAGAUGCUGCUGAAAUGUCGACAGCAAAUAUGUGAGAAUCUUCAGAUGCCAGUUGAGGAAGUAGAGCUUAGUAUGGGCAUGUCAACUGAUUUCGAACAUGCGAUUGAAGUGGGCUCCACAAAUGUGCGUGUGGGUAGUAUUAUUUUCGGUAAUCGAGAAUACCCUAACACUCCAAGUCCAGAGAAGAGGACAAAGGCUGUGACGGAAGAAGCUGCCAAGAAGUUGGAGCACCUGACAGUGACAGAGCAAUGAUCAUGCCAUAAAGAGCCCAACACACACUUACACACAGACUGAAACUCAUCAAAAACAAAGACAACCACCACCAACAAAAUGCACCCAUCUUGUGUCUUAAAAUUGAUUUAUAUUUCACUAUACAAUCCAUUUUUGAACUUUAAAACAAAUAAAGCUUAAACCUUCAACUUAA